AUGACAACUAUAUCAAUUAACGACAAGACAUUUCUUCGUCGAUACUACGAGAAGGUUUUCCAAAAUCUUCAACAAUUCAAUUGUCGAAUUAUUGCAAAGGUCUAUGUCAAACUUGUCGAACCACGAAAACAGGUCAAAUACCCAUAUAAUGGAAGCAAGCUUGUGGAAGGGAAUGUCACACGGUUUAGCUCCGAAGAGACUAAACCACCCUGGUGGCCUCCCAGUGUGAGUCACAAAGAGCCUGACCAUCUCCGGAAAGCUGGUGUCAACAAAGCUAAUUCUGAGGAAGAACGAAUUGCCCUUCUCAUCCACAUUCUCUGUGAUAUGCAUAUAAGUCACGGUAUCACAGCUCGAAGGCUUAAGAGUGCAGAGCAGGUUGUUCGAAGACAAAUUGUCCCGAGUGAACGACUGCAGCUCCUGGACGAACUUUAUCGCGUCCGAGAAUUGGAGGAAAAUAUGCCUAAAAAGAAAAGUACAGAUGAGACUAUAUCAACUUCAAUCUUGCUAUCCAAUCUACCCGACAUGGAAAAUAUCACCCAAAUUGAUCACAAUGGACGACAGAGCUCCAAAACCAACGAAUUACAGCUAUACAAGCAGCAUUCCCAGGUCUUGCCCAUGGACAACAAUCUUUUGGGAGAAGAAAAUGAAUUAAAUUUCUCCACUGGUCAGCAUAAUCUUGCGAACUUUGGGCCUGGCUCCAUAUCGCCCUGUCCUUGGACUCAAGAUCCAACGCCAAAGCGUUUGUGUAUUGAUAGAGGUGACUCAAAUCCUAUGAAGAGUCUCUUCACAGAGUUUGAACUUGCUGGCUCGUUUGUCGGUCGGCCAUCAUUACAUGACACUUUCGAGGAUUCAAAUUCAUCACAAACCCAGGCACCAAUGGACUGGUUAGUUAGUCAUGCCUGUCCUGACUUGUUUCAGGACCAAAUAGAGACUUUGUCAUUGGGUUUUUAA